AUGCACCCUGGGGCCCCCGCAGUCCCUGGAGUAUCUGAGCCCAGCUCCAGGAAGCUGAGUGCCUUUGUAAGCGGGGCGGCUGCCCACAUGCGUGCCCUGCAUCCCCGGCGGACCCGGCCCCCCAAAAGGAGACCCAACCACAGGAGGUUCCUGUACAACCAGAUCUGCAGGCAGUUUGCCAAGAUUGAGGCUGCCACCCAGCACCUGGCCCUGUCCUUCCUGUCUCCGGAGGUGCCUCCCCAGAGACCGCCGCCCCAAAGACCAUCCCUGCCACCCCCAUCCCCCUUCCUGGGGGUGGCCCAUGCUGUGGCCCCCGCGGAGGACCCCCAUGCUGGCCCCAGCCUGAGCCUUGCUGUCCUAGAUGCCUCUACCCUCGACCUCUUUGAUAACAUUGCACUCACUUUCGAGUGUCCCUCAGUAUCACAUGACCUGUCCCAGCUGGACCUCAGAUAG